UUUUCCAAGAAUACUCACCUUUGACUGGAGAUAGACUUGUUUAUAAAAUAGUCUAGUCGUUAUAGGUUGAUAAGUGUCUCCAGUUCAGUUCCUCACCAACUGCUGCGCAAAUCGUGCAAAAAUGUAUAAAAUAUUCGUGUUGUUUUUGAUGUGCUCGGUCAUAAAUGCUGACCUAUUACUUCAACAAAGGCGAAAAGGGGCUACAUUGAAACCUUUGUCAGCCUGCUGUGACAUUCCGGAAUUAGGAGACUCCAAGCAUUUAGCAGAAUGCUCAAAUCCCAAAUUGCCUGGACCAUGCAACGAUGUCCAAUGCGUCUUCGAAAAAUCCGGUUUCCUCGUUGACAAAAACACUCUUAAUAAAGAGGCGUACCGCGCCCAUCUGAAGAAAUGGUCAGAGGCCAACAGUGGGUGGUCGCAAGCUGUCGACAGGGCUAUAGCCGACUGUGUGGAUAAAGACUUGAGGCAAUACCUUGACUACUCUUGUAAGGCAUAUGAUGUCUUCACUUGCACGGGCAUCGCUAUGUUGAAGAAAUGUCCCGAGUCAGCUUGGAAAUGCUAAGCUAAGACACUACUUAUGCGGGUAUUUAUUAGAACAAAAAUUGUAUUUAAAUUAAUGGUUGUCUUCCAAAUUAUUAUAAAUGAAUUGAUAAGUAGUAAAUAAAUUUUGGAUGUUUCGUGUUAUUUAUAAA